AUGGCCAUUGGUAGCACCAAAAAGUGCAUCGUCCCUGGCAUCAAGCUGGCACCGCCCAUACAGCAUGCUGUCAUCAUCGAUGAGAAGCUGCUCGACCAAAAGACCUACUUUUCCAUCCAAGUCAUCCCACAGCAGACCGAUAUCCGCAUUGUCAACGGCUCUCCCGUCGGCAAGCGCUCUGCACCCGCUGCACGCCAGCCUUACACCAUUGCACGACGCUACGAAGACUUUAGUCACUUUGCCCAGCGUCUGCGCGAGGCAUUCCCCACCACUACCCGCAGCCUUGCCAGCCGCGCUGGAUCGCGGCUCUUGAGCAGCCCUCUCGAAAACACCACCAACAACCGACGCUCAGAGCUCGAUAAAUUCAUGCAGGCCCUGUUUCGUCUGCCUCCGUCCAUCUCGCAAUCCUUGGUUGUGUUGGAAUUCUUUGGUCUGCAGAAAGCAGACACAGAGCAGCAGAUCUUGCGACAGCAGCAGCAGCAAGACGACAUCACCACCUCACGCUUGCUUCGCUCACAGUCAUCCAUGACGCAGCACCGCGACAGCCAGAGCACAUGUGCCACCAGCGUUGCUCCCAGCCCCACCACCUCGCCCACGCUGCGCUUGAUCAAGAUCAAGGUCAUUUACGACGUCGACAACAUCAUUGUCAUCCAAGUCCCGCGUUCAAUCACCCUGACCGACUUGCGUGCGCGUAUUGCUCAAAAGUUCAGCGAUCCGUCCAUCUCGCUGCCCAAGGAUUUCGUCUUGCUGUUCAAUGAUACGCGCUCUUCGGCAUCGUCCAGCACCAGUGCCGCUUCGUCGUUCUCUGUCGACAGCACCAGUGGCACCGCAACCUUGAUUGCCAAGGAACAGGACUUGGCGAACGCCAUGGGCUCAGCUUGGGUUCGUCAUGAAAAGGUAACACUUCGCUGUGUUGCCUAA